GCGACGACGUCGCGAGUUUGUGACGUUGUUAGGAACGAGCUCUAGAUGCUGAAGAUAGAUUUUUUUUUCUUUAUUGAGAGAACAAAGUAAUUUUAUCUAAGCAGAAAUCUAAUUUUAUUUCAUUAUACUUAGUUUUGCUAAUUCAAGGUCAAGAUGUCGUACAUGCUACCGCAUCUCCAUAACGGCUGGCAGGUGGACCAGGCCAUUCUGUCUGAGGAAGACCGAGUUCUGGUGAUCCGCUUCGGACACGACUGGGACCCAACGUGUAUGAAGAUGGAUGAAGUUCUUUAUAGUAUCGCUGAAAAGGUGAAGAACUUUGCAGUCAUUUACCUGGUAGACAUCACAGAAGUGCCCGACUUUAACAAGAUGUACGAGUUGUACGAUCCUUGCACCGUCAUGUUCUUCUUCAGGAACAAACACAUCAUGAUUGACUUGGGAACUGGAAACAACAACAAGAUCAACUGGCCCAUGGAGGACAAACAGGAGAUGAUUGACAUUGUAGAAACGGUGUAUCGAGGAGCCAGAAAAGGACGGGGUCUGGUUGUUUCUCCCAAGGAUUAUUCUACUAAAUACAGAUACUGAUUCUCACUUUUUUUAAACCAUUUUUUACCCUUUUUGUGUAUUUUUGUUUUGUUGAUGACAAACAGAAGAAACUCUGCUUUUCCAGCAAAGGAGGACGAUAUUCCAGCUACUGGUCUCAUUGUUUUCUCAUCAGUUUUAUUCAGUUUUGAAGCUUGUUUGAAUUUUUGUGAAUAAAAGUGUCAACAAUCUUA